AGAAAAUAUUAAAUUAAAUGUCAGGUACAGAUAUUUCAAGAUGUCAUGUACAUACGUUGCUGAUUGGUCAUUGUUGCGACUUAACUUUAUAAAUAAAAAUAUGAUUACAAGAUUACAAGAAAAAAAUAAGUGACAUCGUUGAUGAUCUCGCAGUUAGUGCGAUCACGCUAAAAUAUAUAAAUUAAAAUAAAAUACAUCAAUUAAAUUAAAUUGAAAUUACAAUGUUUUCACAGGAUGAUUUUUUACAUGCGAACGAAAAUCUUUUGUUGAGCUACGAAAUUGGGCGCGAAAAUUUUGAUCACAUCCAAUAUUUGAAUAUUAAAAGAAAAUUGAUUAUUGCUAUAAGAUUUAAAAGAUUAGAAUGGAUAUUACAAGAGUAUCUAGUAAUGGAUAAUUUGACAUGUAACAAUAUUAUGUAAAAAAGAUCAAUUGUUUGAGUUAUAUGUAACAAGAAAGUAAAUAAAUGACAGUAACCCAACCUAAAGUUAUCAUUGAUGAAACAAUCAUCAAUUUUUGUAGGUAAAAUGUAUAAAAUGAAGUUAGAUUAAUACGUUUAUAAAAUAGAUCGAGUGUAUAUAAUGCACACCAAUUUGAAUUUGUUAUUUUAAUAACAACUGCAAUUGACAAUCGCAUAUCAAAAUCGUCUCAGCAUGAAGAUAGAGAUACAUCCACUGACACACAAUCCAACAGAAGCCUGGAGUGAAUUGUCAAAGGAACAAAAAGUUAUUAAAAUAAAUGCCAAGCUUCCAACUGGCGAAGCUCCAAAUGAUAAGCUUCGUGUUGUCUGUAUGAGUGAUACUCAUUCCUUAACACCAUUUAUAAAAUUCGAUAUACCUAUGGGAGAUGUCUUUAUCCAUGCAGGAGACUUUACAAAGUGUGGUAGCUUACAAGAAGUCAUAGAAUUUAAUAACUGGAUUGGUAAUUUGCCACAUAAAAAUAAAAUUGUUAUUGCUGGUAAUCAUGAGCUUAGCUUCGAUUCUACGUUUACUCAUCCAUUUACGAUGCAUAGUAGUGGAGAACGUCAGAAACAUACAGGGACCAGUAUUUUGGAUAACAUACCUACGCUGGGAAUGUCUAAAGAUACUUUGCAAGAAGCCAUACAAACUAGCAAUGUUAAAGAUUACUUGACAAAUUGUAUUUAUUUAGAAGAUUCUGAAAUUAUCAUACAUGGAAUAAAAAUAUAUGGCACGCCAUGGCAACCAGAAUUUUGCAAAUGGGCAUUUAAUGUACCACGUGGUGAAGCCUGCCUUUCGAAGUGGGAGAUGAUACCGUCGGAUACGGAUAUUCUUAUAACACAUACUCCUCCUGUAGGACAUGGAGAUUUAUGUUGUAGUGGAGUAAGAGCUGGAUGUGUAGAAUUAUUGUCCACAGUGCAAAAUAGAGUUAAACCAAAGUAUCAUGUGUUUGGUCACAUCCAUGAAGGAUAUGGUAUCUCAUCUGAUGGAAAAAUAAUAUAUAUAAAUGCAUCAACAUGUGAUUUAAAUUACUUGCCAAGUAAUCUACCGGUGGUCUUUGAUAUAACAUUACCAUCUGGUUUUCAGAAAUCAUAAAAAUUAAGAAUCAUAGUAACGAAUUUCGUAAUUGCAUUUUUUAUGCAAAUAGGAUGUAUAAUUAACAGAAAAUAGG